GCAUGCGCCUUGUCAUUUUCAGUCAUUGGUUGAUUAAAGAUUUUAAAAUUAUAAUAUUCGGGUAAUCGGGGCAUUGCUCAAGUGUUGUAUUGUGAUAAGAACCUUAUACUAUUGUAGUGAAAAACCUAAUGUGCAUUUAAGUGAAAAAAUAUAUAGAUCAAUAUGCUUAUCAAAGAAUAUCGAGUAACACUUCCUUUAACAGUUGAAGAGUACCAAGUGGCACAAUUAUACUGCGUGGCGGAGGUGUCCAAAAAUGAAACAGGCGGCGGCGAAGGUAUCGAGGUUAUUAAAAAUGAACCCUUCAAAGACUACCCUUUGCUCGGUGGAAAAUAUUCAUCGGGUCAGUAUACUUAUAAGAUUUACCACCUAGCGUCGAAGGUGCCCGCUUUUAUCAGGCUGCUGGCUCCCAAGGGGUCUCUCGAGGUGCACGAAGAGGCGUGGAACGCUUACCCUUACUGCCGGACUGUGCUCACUAAUCCCGGCUACAUGAAAGAAAACUUCGUUAUUUGCAUAGAGUCCCUACAUUUACCUGACGGUGGUGAUCAGAACAAUGUGCACGAACUCUCAGCUGAGAAGUUAAAGAGUCGCGAGGUUGUACACAUUGAUAUCGCAAACGAUCCGCUGCCGUCUGCCGACUACAAGCCUGAAACCGACCCGACAAAGUUUAAGUCGUCGAAGACCGGCCGCGGACCACUCGUCGGGCCCAACUGGAAGACUGAUAUCAAACCAGUCAUGACUUGCUAUAAGCUUGUCACUGCCGAGUUCAAGUGGUUCGGUCUCCAGAGCAAAGUUGAAAAUGUGAUCCAAAAGUCGGAGCGACGGCUUUUCACCAUCUUCCAUAGACAAGUAUUCUGCUCUAUGGACGACUGGUACGGUAUGACGAUGGCGGACAUCCGCGCAAUUGAAGAACGUACUAAAGAGGAGUUGGAGAAGUUGCGGCGCGAGGGCGAAGUGCGCGGAAUGCGCGCCGACAACGAGUAGAGCCACGUGCCAGAGCGGAGCUGACCAGCUGACGUAAGACACGACCACCUACACUAACACUAUUCUCACUGCGCAAUGCAUACAUUCAUUGUAGGUUGAAAGUGACCGACAAAAAGAGAAUUUUAGUUCCAGAAUGUUCGAGUGUGUAACUCAGUGAUUCUCAACCUUUUUUUUUGUUGCGGCACAUUUUUAACGAUUUAAAAAUUUGGC